AUGAAGCGUUCCCCAGAAGACGACCCUCUGGCUUUCCUCGCCAGGAGGAAGAAAUCGAGACAAAAUCCAUCGACCGCUACUGCUGCCAACCACAGCAGCAGCAACAGAGUGGGAAGAGGACGAGACUCUUCUUCCCUGAGGCGAGACAGCGUUGCCUCCGCAGCUUCUUCCAUCCCCUUCACGGAGAGGCGGAGACGCCGUCCAAGCGAGAACGACUCACUCGAGGGAGUCACCAGCAGUCAGACUGCAGCAGCAGCAGCGGGGAGAAGUUCAGGGGAUGCUGUGCGUCGUAGCAUACCCAGUAGCAGCCAAGCCUCCUUCCCGUCUGUCUCCCAAGGGGGAACUGGAGAUGUCAGACCUUCUUCUCUUGGCACAUUCAUCGACGGUGGAAGCCAUCCCCAGGGAUCCCCUGAAUUCACGUCUAACCCCUCGCCGUCGCAUCCGUUUGAUUCGUCUGUUGCGUUGCCUCCCCUUCCUUCAAGAGACGCCUCUCGUUGUAUUCUGCUGGCUGCUCAGCUUCCCACUAGGGCAAGGCUGUCUCUAGCGGGAGUCGGUGGCGGUAUGGCUGCAGACGCAGAAUUGAUUGAAGCACUUGAAGAUCUCUUGGAUCGGAAGUUGGCGCAGGCACGAACCCUCCCGGGUGUACAGGGAGAUCUGUACGAAGCGUGUGGCGAGCGCCUGCGGCAGCUGCUGCUGCUGUUGUUUGAAGCUGAUCCUCAGAGCAGUCGACAAGGGAGUAUUCUUGGGAAUCGUUUAGGCUUGGGGACUGCUGAAACUCCCCCGCUGCUGGCAGUCCCUUUCGCGUCUAUUCGCGGCGAUGCUGCUGCGGUGCAGGCGGGGGCAGACACUGCAGCAGCGAAGACGGCAGCAGCAGCUGCUGUAGCCGCGGCUGCCGUCGCUGCUCCCGCUGCCAGCGAGGGGAGAGUCAUGCAGCUGCAGCACCAAGACAUCGCGGAGGCAGCCCUUGUCUCGAGAGAGGCUGCCAGAGCACUUCUGCAGGAGAUGCAGCAGCAGGCAGAUGACUUGGUGGAAAUCUGGCCGCUUAGAAGGUAG